UUUCAAUUUCCCUAAGACUUAAUAUCUCCGCCCUUCGGCUUCUCAACCCUCCCUCACAAUUCUCACCCUUUCUCUCUCUCUCUCUCUCUCUCUCUCUCUCUAUUUAUCUUUUCCUUCUUUUCUCUCUCCCUUACAAGCCCUAACCCUAACUCAGACCCAGAUUCGCCAUGAAAGGAGGUAAAUCAAAGUCAGACACCAAGAACGCCAAGCUUUCCGUGAACAAGAAACCCGCCAAGGCAAGUAAGAAGGCGGGUAAGGCAGCGAAGGAUCCAAAUAAGCCAAAGAGGCCCGCCAGUGCUUUCUUCGUUUUCAUGGAAGAGUUCAGAGAGCAGUACAAGAAGGAACAUCCUAAAAACAAAUCCGUUGCUGCUGUUGGCAAAGCUGGUGGAGAUAAAUGGAAGUCAAUGUCAGAUGCUGAGAAAGCACCUUUUGUAUCUAAGGCAGAAAAGAGGAAGAUAGAAUAUGAGAAGAAAUUGAAAGCCUACAACAAGGGACAGGCUGAAGGCCCCAAGGAAGAAGAGGAAUCUGAGAAGUCAAUGUCUGAGGUGAAUGAUGAGGAAGAAGAUGAUGAGGAGGGAAGUGGAGAGGAGGACGAUGAUGAGUAGGAAGAGGGGGAGAGGAGUAGCAUAGUCAUUUAGGCUGUGACAAAUGUUUGAACAACUCAUGUUAAUGGGGAUAUUUGCUUGUUAAUUUUUUUCUUGCUUUUGUCUUGUAAGAGAAGGAUGUCUCUGCUCCCUCUUAUUUUGUCCUUCUCCUUUCUUAAAAAAGAAAUUAAUAGUUGUAGAAAGGAGAUUGCUUUUGCGUACCUUGCACCAAAAUUAAUGAUUUAGCUAAGUGGUUUUCUUUUGUAGAGAAAGUUCUCUGUGAUGAACUAUGAUGGUUGUUUGUCUGACUUCGCAUUUUGACUUUAGAAGAGGUUCUUGUUAAU